CACACACACACACACACACACACACACACACACACACACACACGCACACGCACACAUUGAGGGUUAGUGUGGGAGGGGCGGGAGCUGAACAUAAGAGGUGUAGAGGGUAUUUAAGGGCAUCUGGAGAGAUGCUUUCCAUGCUGUUGAGACGUCACUGGUGUUCCUUCUGAAGCCAACAUGAAGCUGAGCAUUGUGAUCUCCCUCUGCGCUCUACUUUACCUCUCUGGUCACACUUUGGCCAGGUCAAAACAGAGGAUCAGGGCAAUUCUUCACGUUGAUUGUCGAUGGAUUGGCCACCGUUCCCGUUGCACUAGGGAGUACAACCCUCUCUGUGGGUCCGACGGCGUCACCUAUGCUAAUGACUGCAAGUACUGCGCUGCCAAACGAAAGAAUUGUAAGAUUGUGGCCUGUCAUCGCGGGAAAUGUCACAAGAUUGUAAAGCAGAGGAAGCCGAACCCGUGGAAAAAGUGGCAGAGAAAGAAGCACCCGAGGAAGCACAGGCAGAGGAAGAAGCACCUGAAGAAACACCUGAAGAAACACCCGAGGAAGCACAGGCAGAGGAAGAAGCACCUGAGGAAGCACAGGCAGAGGAAGAAGCACCUGAAGAAACACCUGAAGAAACACCCGAGUAAGCAGAGGCAGAGAAAGAAGCACCUGAAGAAACACCUGAAGAAGCACCUGAAGAGGAAGAAGCACCUGAGGAAGCACAGGCAGAGGAAGAAGCACCCGAGGAAGCAGAGGCAGAGGCACCCGUGGAAGCAGAGGCAGAGGCAGAAGCACCUGAGGAAGCACCUGAGGAGGAAGAAGCACCCGAGGAAGCAGAGGCACAGGCAGAAGCACCUGAGGAAGCAGAGGCAGAGGAAGAAGCACCUGAGGAGGAAGAAGCACCCGAGGAGGCAGAGGCAGUUUAAGGACUUGAAGUGCCUCCCCAAAGAGGAAAGAGGUGAGGUGUGGGCUUUACUGCGCAACCUGAUGCUAGAGGACAGAGAUGGGAUGUGUUCUGAACCAGUGAGAAGAGAGACAGAGGAUCCAAAAAAGCAGAGGAUGUCUUCCUUCUUGUUGGUCUCCGCUGAUACAGAGGAAGACGAGGAGGAGGAGGAGGAGGAGUCCAUUGACAAAGCUCUGUUGCAGAUGGGGGACUGUCCACUAAAGUGGUGGUCAGGAAGGCAGCACACACAUGAGAAGCUUGCAGGAAUAGCAAAGAAACACCUGUCAACCCUGUGA